GUCCCGAGGAGGUCUCCCGCCGCGCCCGCGACCCUUAUAGAGCCUCCCGCUCCAGCCGUUUCGACGCCAGGACCUCGGGGCCCCCGUGCCCGCGAUGCGGCCGCAGAGCGCGCCGCGCGCCACGCCCGCGGCGCCCCCGCCGGGCCUCGGCAUGGACGAGCGCGUGCCGAUGAAGGUGCCCCUGCAGGCGAGCGCCGUGGACGCGCUCGGCUUCGGCGCCGCCCCGCCCCGCGGCCUGCCCGGCGCCGCCCCGCCCUUCGCCGAGGCCCCCGCGGGCCCGGCGGCCCCGCUGCCGGGCGCCGCGCACUGGGCGGCCGCCGCGCUGCGGGCCUACCUGCCGCAGGACUGCGACAGCUCCAGCGAGUGGGUCAGCGCGGUGCUCGCGACGGCGCCGCACCUGAGCGCGGAGGGCCUGCGGGAGGCGCUGCGGAUCUUCGACCGCGGCAUCGAGAACCUCCAGCAGGCGAGGGCCCUGGACAAGAUGAUCGCCAGCACCUGCGACGCGGGGGGCGUGUUCCUGCAGAUGCCGCACCUGGCCGCCGCCCGGACCAUGCGGGCCCAGAUCCCGAGGCAACAGCAGAUCCUCCUGUGCCAGCUGCGCCACCUGCGCGCGACGAAGCCCGUGGGAUCUGGCUCGUCGGGCUCCUUCGGCAACCAGGACGCCAGGGACCUGAUGCAGCGCAUGUCCCAGAUGCUGCAGCGGGGCGACCCGCAGGCCGCGCCGCCCGCGUCGCAGCAGGCCCCGUCCUCCCGGGCGGGCCCGCACCGGGGCGACCGCCCGCCCCCGCGCCGGGGGGCGGCCCCGGGCGGCGGGCCGGCGGGCGGCGCCGGCGCCGCGCGAGAGCGCCGCGCUCCAGCGCCCGAGACGGCCGACGAGAUGCAGCCCGAGAGGGACAGGCGGAGCGCGUGCCACACCCUGUCGUCCUCCCUCGAGCUGCUCUCGAGCGAGGACCCCAGCUGCCUCAUGAUCGUGCGGCGCAUCAACAAGCUGGGCUUCAAGGCGGUGCGCAAGCUGAAGAGGCACUUCUCCGCCUACGGCCCCGUGGUGCGCGUGCUCGUGGCGCACUCCACGGUGCACCCCAGCGGCGGCGACAAGGCCGUGCGGCAGCGGCCGAGCAGCCUCGGCUUCGUGCACAUGGCCACCCCGGAGGCGGCGCAGGCGAUCCUGGCGCUGGGCUCCGAGCAGGAGGUCGAGGGCGUGCCGAUCCGCGUGCAGCGCUUCGAGCGGUCCUCCUGCGAGGGACAGGACCUCGAGGGCGAAGCGUCGGUCAAGAACCGCCAGACGAGCGACGCGGGGACUGCGGCCACCACCGGGGCAUCCUCCAGCGGCAUGGGCUCCUCGUCGGGGGACCGGGGCUCCUCGUCCGGGGGGGGCAGGGGGUCCUCGCAGGCGGACUCCGAAGAGAAGGGGGAGACGUCAGAGAAGCCCGACUCGUCGGAGAAGGCGGACUCGUCGGAGAAGGCGGACUCGUCGGAGAAGGCGGACUCCGAGGAGAAGGCGGACGACUCCUCGGAGAAGGCGGACUCAUCGGAGAAGGCGGACUCGGAGGAGAAGGGGGACCUGGAAGAGAAGGUGGAGUCGGAAGAGUCAGGCGAGGGUGGUUCUACUGGGAAGGGCGCCACUUCCGGCGAUUAGACCUUGAUCUGCACGGCAGCAUAGUGGCAUAGUGCCGACGCUAUGCAAUAGUCUCACUUGUUCGAGAGCGGGCAAUGGACUCUCUGCUGACACCCAGUUUCGCAGGAAUAUGUUUCUCUCACGGCGGCGUGGUUUAGCGCCAAUGUGUUUCUUUUAAUCCAGUCUCAGGCACACCGCUGCAUGGUCAGCCCUACAGGUGUCAGGUAUGUAGACCUGAGUGCCAGUUUCAUGGUAGAAGCAACUGACAGUCAGAAGGUCAGUCACCCGCUUUCUAACUCAAAGGCAGUUGUCUGCCACAACUUUUUCAUAGACUCGCGGAAGUGAGGAUACCGUACGCAUCAUCGUCAUCGUCCUGAACAUUAUCAGCACCAUCACCAUGAACAGCAGCAAUCGAGGCAGUUGCAGCAGCUGUCUGCAUCAGUAGACAUCCACGGCAUGAGUACGCCAGAUGGCGGAGUUCGUUUGCAAUUGGGCUAGCUGUCUUAUGGGCCGCCCGCUACCGGGAGCUAGUCUGCAGCGGACACCGCCGUGUGGCACAUGUGGCACAUUGUGAGGUGGUCGCACGCGGUCAGGCGCUCUGCUGAAGCGACUGAUUGCCUUCUGGCGACCCUCACGCCGCUGACUUACUUCGUAACCUCCUCUAACUUUUUGGAACGCCACCGCUUCCUUACCUCGGCCUACUCUCUUGCAGUCCGAGGCUUUGGCAUGGCCCAUCGCGCGCCCGAGCGGCAAGCGCAGACUGGUAGCACAGAUCCGCUCGAGCCUUCGAUGCUGUCCCAAACUAUUUGGUUUACUCAGCUCGUCUCGUGGAUCUGCCGGCCGUUCCGGCUGGCGGCCGGCCCCAGUCCUGCGUGCGUCGCUAGGUUCACAUGGAGCGGCGAGUAUAGGGAAGCGGUGUUUGACGAGGACUUGUCGACCUUGGGCCGACUCGCAGACGGCUGGUCUACUAAACAGGGUACAGAUUGAGGUGCGGAGCAGCCAAGCCAGAUGAAGAGCCAGCGAGCAAGCCGGGAAGGUUGCAAGCAAUUGGAGCCCGCAGAGCGGGAGCCUCGGCGGCACCCCCUCUUGGAAAUUUACCCCGCAGAUGUGGCGUUCGGGCAUUCGGUUUAACGGCUUGCUUACUAUCUGAGCGGAUGUCCCUGAACAGUCGAUCGGGUCAUAAUUGGUCUGUGAGUGCGGCGGAAAUCGGCGAAGCACGACUCCCAUGCGUUGCGCACGGUACCAUGUACGCGGACGGACGUUUGUACCAUGCGGCUGUUUCAAAUUUGGCUCGCCGGAAAAGCGAACCUGAACCGCAGACACUUCAACUUUUUGGAACGCAGCCACCUCCCAGCCUGUACCCACUCUUGCGUAACCCAAGGCUUUGACGUAGCCCGUCGCCCAGAAGACUUCGUGGUUGUCCGAGCUUUUGGGUUACGAUGCUGACCUCUUGGCGCUGGUGGCCGAAUGGGCCCGAGCGUCGAUGCCCCUCUCCGUGCGUCGUCUGUUGCUUUUAAGUCCGAACGCGGUUUGGGGGACGCGAUCUGGCGAGGCCUCCCUGACCUUUGGGCCGAGCCGGCUGCAAAAGCUCUCGCGAUCUGCCCUCGCCCUCUCGCCUUCCUCUUCCUCCUCCUCCUCCUCCUCCUCCUCAUCCUCCUCCUCCUCCUC